GCAGGAACGCGCUGACGUCAGCGCGCCGCCCCUGCUGCUCAGCCGAGGAGACCCCGCAGCGAGCUGCCAACGCCCGGCGGAGGAGCCCUGCGAAGAGGUUAAUCUUGGACGUGAUACAGUAGCAGACUUGCACGAUGCAGACAAUUAAGUGUGUAGUUGUGGGAGAUGGUGCUGUUGGUAAAACAUGUCUUCUCAUUUCUUACACAACUAAUAAAUUCCCAUCUGAAUAUGUACCAACGGUGUUUGAUAACUAUGCUGUAACAGUGAUGAUUGGUGGGGAGCCGUACACCCUAGGCCUGUUUGAUACAGCAGGACAGGAAGAUUAUGACAGAUUACGACCCCUCAGCUACCCACAGACAGAUGUGUUUCUGGUCUGCUUCUCUGUGGUCUCGCCAUCUUCAUUUGAAAAUGUGAAAGAGAAGUGGGUACCUGAAAUCACUCAUCAUUGUCCAAAGACUCCCUUUUUGCUUGUUGGGACCCAGAUUGAUCUCAGAGAUGAUCCCUCAACAAUUGAGAAACUUGCCAAGAACAAGCAGAAGCCUAUAACUCCUGAGACUGCUGAAAAGCUUGCACGAGACUUGAAGGCUGUCAAAUAUGUGGAAUGCUCUGCACUCACACAGAAAGGCCUAAAGAAUGUAUUUGACGAGGCGAUACUGGCUGCCUUGGAGCCCCCGGAGCCGAAGAAGAGCCGCAGGUGUGUGCUGCUAUGAACUUCCCUUCACGGCCCUUCUGCACAGCUGGUGUCGAAGUCAUACUAAAAGCAAUGUUGAAAUCAAACUAAAGAUUCAGAUUUUCCAGUUUGUUUUUGCAAUAAUGACAAAUGCCGUGCACCCUCUUCCCAUCACUCCCUGUGUGAGAUUAAAAUGUUAGAGCUCUUCUCCAGUCCCCUUCAGUCAGACUAAUUUUUUAAAAAAAUAAUGUAUUUCAACAGACGCUGAUCAAUACUAGGGGUUUUUGUUUGUUUGUUUGUUUGUUUACUGUUUAAAUUUUCAUUUUUAAACUUCAGGCAUGCUUGUGGUGACUUUCCUCUGUAACAGGCUAAUCACUAGGCUGUAGCCAUCAGGCCCUGUCCCAUCAUGCUAGCUGGCAGUACUUGGGUUUUGCGAUCUUCCGUGGCCAGCUUGCAGUCUGGGGGUGAGCAGGUUCCAGGCCUUGGAACAGGUUCAGGAAAUGAAAAUGCCCCAAACUGGUGCUCAUUUGCAGAGGGAUGCGGCGCAUCUUUUGAAUCUGCAUCUCCGCUGAAGUUGCCUUGGAACCAUUUCCCUUUCUUUCCUUCAGGCAGGUCGGAAAUUUAUAUCUUGCGCUUUUAAGACACAAAAUGUACAUGAACCCUUUGUUUAUGUAUUUAGCCAAAUGGUUUUGUGUGUGCAGCCACUCCCCCCCCCCCACCGACCCGCUCACCCAACUUUGCCAAUGACUAAGUUUUUGUAGGCAGUUUUCAAAACUUGACAAUGUUAGGCAUUAAUUGAGAUGAGAGAACGGCAUCAUUUGAAGUCAGCUAAGUUCUCUUGGCUUUGCUUAACAACUAGCUCCUCCCUUGGGCAAGCGGGUUUCUGACGUUCUGCAACACACGUCGCCUGUGUGAAACCCGCCCUCACAGCCUUUGCCUGUUGUAACGGAGGUCAGGGACUAAUGAGCUGACUGUGCCACAAAAUGGUUCAGUGCAUUUUGUUUUUGCUUUGGAAGAAAAGGAGAAUGAGAUACGCCUCAUCAGGGAAAAAAUAUGGAGGGGGAGAGUGGUCACUAUAGCACCUUGGGAAACCAGUAGAGAAAGUGUCGUGCUUGUGCCAGCAGCCCUGGCCUCCCAGGUCUCAGUAUAACCGAUCGUGUUAGGGUCUCUGACUCCAGUGUUCGUACGGAUCUUAUCAGAACUUUACUCCUGCUUAAUACUUCUCAAUUUUCCCAGACUCUAAUUCUUGUAGAUUCGUUAGUGUUGAACUGAUGCUUUUUCCAUGUCUAAGUUCUUUGUAUAUGCAUUUUUUCAGAUGUAUUAAACAUAAAGUAUCUUCACAA